AUGGCUCUCCAGCUGAAAAAACAGAACAAUGUGAUAGUUGGGACGCCUCUCGUUCAACCCAACGAUGAUCUUUUCUGGUUCAGGCAGCCAAGAUUUGUUCUCACUCUUCUACAUCUGACCCUUUUUGUGAAUGCUUUCGAGUUUGCUUUCUUCAUUUGGGUCAGUAUACAGUUUGGGUUGCAGUCUUGUUACCACGAGAACACUUGGAUCAUUAUCACAAGAGUAGUAUUAGCGGUAGCAGUUCAAGUUACUUGCAGCUAUGUAACUCUUCCCCUAUAUGCACUUGUGACACAGAUGGGUUCACAGUAUAAGAGUAAGGUCCUAGAAGAGCAAAUAGCAAACAUAAUAAAGCAAUGGCAUGCCGAGGUAAGAGCCAAAAGGAAGAAACAACAACAGUUCUUGCAACCUCCUCGCACUCCUUUGUCAACACAGUGGACUCUCAGAGACACUCCCAAUGAUACUUCUUCUACUCACCACCCACCUACACCAUUGCCAAGUGAAACCAAUCUCAGAGGAGAAAUUACUGAAGAACAAGACGACACAGUUAAAGAAUCAACAACCCUUCCCGCAACCUCGCCGGAAUUGUUAUCGGUGAUGAGACGAUAAGCUUAGAACAACGGAACAUCAGUGGUUUAAUGUUUAGAAUUGUUUUAAUUGGUCUAUUGCAGUCAUUUGAUAGUAUUUGCUUUGGAGGGGUAAAGUGUGAGACCAUUGUUUCAAUAUCAACCUUAUAGUGGGAUUCUAGAUUAAUAAUAUAUGAUAUUAGAUUUUAAAGUAUAGUAACACCUUAGAGUGUCUCUAAUUGACUCUUUAGUUUGACUCGAUUUUUUAUUUUAGUGAGUUUACUCUUAAAAAUUAAUCUCCA